GAUUGGUGGAACACUUCUGAGGUCACAGUUUAACUUCCGUGUCACGCAGCGAACAUGGCGGAUAAAGAGAAGAAGAAGAAGGAGAGCAUCUUCGACUUGUCAAAAUACAUCGACAAGCCGAUCCGUGUGAAGUUUCAAGGAGGACGAGAAGCCAGCGGAGUCCUGAAGGGUUUUGAUCCUCUGUUGAACCUGGUGUUGGACGGCACAAUAGAGUACAUGCGUGAUCCAGAUGACCAGCUGAAGCUGACAGAAGACACCAGGCAGCUGGGCCUGGUGGUCUGCAGAGGAACCUCCGUCGUGCUCAUCUGUCCUCAGGACGGCAUGGAGGCUAUACCAAACCCGUUCGUACAGCAGCAGGACGGCUAACACGCAGUCUGUCACUCGCUUCAUUCACACACUCAACCAUGCACAGACUGUGAACAUUUUGUGGAGUUUUUUGUUGUUUCAUUUUUUUAUUUUUUUUAUUUUACCGUAAUAAUGCUUCAAACAGAGCAGAUUUUUGUUUAAAUCAUAAAUUGUACAGCAAAAGGGCACCUGAAAGCACUUCAGCUUUGUUUCUGUCUGUUGUUUGCAAGUUUGAAAAGAUUUGAGUUGUAAAGAGACCACAAGUUUGGGAAGUGUUAACUGUACCAUUUUCUUUUUAUCCACAGCAAGAAACUUUUUACUAUUCUUUGUUGUUUUUGAUAAGAAAAUAAAGUGAAAAUGUAUCUAAA